AUGGAUGUAGUUAGAGAAGAACAAGUUGCCUUCAGAGAGGAGAUGGACUCUGUCAAAAGCAAGAUCGAACAGAUCUUUGAGGCUAUACAAGCUCUGGCUAGAAGGGAAGAAGAGGCUCGUGUUGCCGCUGCUGCAAGGAACGAUGCUCUAGUUCAAGGGGUUACUCUUCAGUCAGGACCUUCAGUUCCUAUUCCAAAUCCUGUUAUCUACGGUCUUCCUCCAGGCUUUGUUCCACCGCCUGAAAGAACUCAUGUGCCUCCACCUGCGCAUACUUCUGGAGUAGAUGAUGGAGUCGCUGUGCAAGGACCACCGGUAGUCAAUCAAGUGGUCAUUCCCCGCACUGAUGAGGAGCUCCAAGACGAGUUUGAAAUGCAGAAUUACAAUGGAGCUACUCCAGUGGUCAUCCCUACUGUUGCCCAAGAUUCCGAGGCUAUCUUGAUGUGUCGUGCUCUGGCCGAAAAGCUAAGAAUCUUGGAAGGACAUAACUCAACCCGAUUGAGUGCCUUAGAGAUGUGUCUGGUCCCAGACGUGGUGAUUCCUCCAAAAUUCAAAGCGCCGGAAUUUGAAAAAUACAAAGGCCUCACUUGUCCUAACAUACAUUUAAAAAUGUAUUGCAGAAAAAUGGUUGCCUAUGCCAGAGAUGAUAAGCUCAUGAUCCAUUGCUUUCAGGACAGUCUAACUGGGGCAUCUUUGGACUGGUACAUGCAGUUGGAAUGUAGCAACAUCCACACUUGGGAUGAGUUGGAUGAAGCAUUCGCAAAGCAAUACAAAUAUAAUACUGACAUGGCACCAAACCGUACUCAUCUUCAGAGUAUGGCCCAGAAAGACAAUGAAUCUUUUAAAGAAUACGCACAACGCUGGAGAGAAUUGGCUGCAAGGGUGCACCCGCCGCUGGUUGAUCGUGAAUUGAUUGACAUUUUCAUGGGAACCUUGCAGGGCCAAUAUUAUGAAAGAUUGAUCAGUAGUGUGUCCACAGGAUUUUCUGACAUGGUGAUCGUGGGAGAAAGAGUAGAAGAAGGACUGAAGAGUGGUAAAAUCUAG